AAUAAUUAUAUAAUGGUUUUGGAAUAUGCAAAGAAUGGAAGUUUGCGAAAUUAUUUAAAUAUAAAUUAUAAUAAAUUAAGAUGGAGUGAUAAGAUUUAUCAUUUACUUAAUAUUACAUGUGGAAUUCAACAUAUUCAUAAUAAUGAAUUAAUUCAUCGGGAUUUACAUGUUGGAAAUAUACUGGUGGAUGAUGAUACUAUUAUAACUGAUAUGGGAUUAUGUAAACCUGCGGAUUACAACGCAUCAGAAAAUACAAUAAGCAACAUAUAUGGUGUUUUGCCUUAUAUUGCUCCCGAAAUUUUACGAGGCCAAACUUAUACUAAAGCUGCUGAUAUUUAUAGCUUGGGUAUAAUUAUGUAUGAAAUUAUUUCUGGAUUGCCCCCAUAUCAUGAUGUAGACCAUAAUAAAAAUCUAGCAAUAACAAUUUGUCAAGGACUUAGACCAAGGUUUAAAAUUAAAGUACCUCAGUUGAUUGUACAUCUAAUUAAAAAGUGCCUAGACGCAAAUUCGUCAGAUCGACCUACAGCAAAUGAAAUUGAGGAAGUUUUAUAUAAAUGGUAUUAUAUGCCAAGUGACAAUCAAACAGUAAAUUUACAAUUGGAAAUUAAAAAUGCAGAAGUAAUUAAUAAUAAUUUAUCAGAUAGCAAUAUACCUUCAACUAAUUUAGGAUUAUAUGAAAUACAUCCAGAGGCUAUUUAUACAAGUAGAUUACUUAAAUUUUAUGAUGAUACAAUUGGCGUGGAGUCUUUAGAGUCCUUACAAAUUAAUAUUUCUCAAUUGAAUAUUAAUAACAAUCUUCCUGAACCGAAAAAUUCUGAUGAUUAUUAUAAGCAAAAUGAUAAUAUAAUAAGCGAGGAAUUUUUAGAAUACCUACAGAAUGCUAAUUCUCAGUUAAAAAUUGACGAUAUUUUUUCCAAACCAAAAAAUUCUGUUGAUUAUCAUAAAAAAGAUGUUAGCAUGGAAUCCUCAGCGUCUUCAUCUUUACAAAUUGAUAUUUCUCAUGAUAUUACUAAAAAUUCUGACGCAUGAUAAAAUAAUUAGCACGUAAUUUUCAGCAACUUUAUAUUUGCUCAAUUGAAUACUAAUAGAAAUGGACUUUUAAUACGACAGUAUAUUAGUUUGCCCUUUUAUUCAUUAUUAAUAUUUUGCUGUAUCUCAUAAUUUCAAUUUUUUUAUAGGUCAAAAUAGCAAAUCUAAAGGCAAAGAUAAUUCUAUUAGAAUCAAAGCUUUAUUAAGUAAUUUUUAUU